AUUUCCGGGCCUUGGCGCCGCACCUCGCAAAAGACAGCCUGCGGGGCUUUCCACUGGAACGAUGGCUACCUACAGCCUGGCGAACGAGCGGCUGCGCGCCCUGGAGGACAUCGAGCGCGAAAUCGGCGCCAUCCUCCAGAACGCAGGAACAGCAAUCCUGGAACUGUCCAAGGAAAAAACGAACGAGCGUCUCCUAGACCGGCAGGCGGCAGCCUUCACCGCUUCUGUGCAGCACGUGGAGGCAGAGCUGUCCGCUCAGAUCCGCUACCUCACCCAGGUGGCCACAGGGCAGCCGCAUGAGGGCUCCAGCUAUUCUUCCAGGAAGGACUGUCAAAUGGCUCUCAAGCGAGUAGAUUACGCCCGCCUCAAGAUCAGUGAUGUGGCAAGAACCUGUGAACAGAUGCUGGAGAACUAAGUCAGGAUGAUCCAGAGUGUGAACUGCACCUUGGGACAGAACCCAGAGACCGGUAGGAUGGGGAACAGAGUAAUAUCUACAUGCCCUACUGGUUCAGGGCAGAUGAGGACCACGAGUCCGAAAGCAGAACUGGAGACUCCAAAGCCCAAGUGUACACACAGAUUUCUUCUGGCUCCUCCAGCAAGACAGCCCUGUUUUCCACUGUGCAAGCUGAGACAGGAGUCAGAGGUCAACUUCCAACCCACUUCCUCGUGUGCACCCUUCCCUGGCAUUUCAGAAGACUUGGCCCAAUAAAAAUAAAUGUAUUCUUAGUA